AUGAAGUUUGGAAAACAAAUCCAAAGCCAACAAUUUACAGAAUGGAGUCCGUAUUAUCUCGACUACAAAGGCCUGAAAAAGUUUAUUAGUUCUCUGUUAAACACACCAGCAGAUAGCUUAAAGGCUUUGGGAUUACCGCCUAUCGGUAUUGAAGAGGAUCGUGCCAAACUGUUGCAGUCUCAGAAAGCUGCCUUCUUUUUCAAGCUGGAGCGUGAGCUCGAAAAGAUCAAUUCAUUUUAUCUUCAAAAAGAGAAUGAGCUCAAAGUGAGAUUAAGGACCUUGAUUGACAAGAAGAAGGUGCUUCAAUCAGACACACGCCGACUCAAACACGCAUCCACACUCUUCAAAGCCAUCCAAGAAGCAUUUGUGCAAUUUGAACAAGAGUUGACAAAGAUCCAGAAAUAUGUCGAAUUGAACAAUGAAGGGUUCCGAAAGAUCUUGAAGAAAUGGGACAAGCGAUCCAAAUCGUCAACCAAGGAGCUUUAUCUCUCACGUCAAAUCGACAUUCAGCCUUGUUUCAAUACGCAAGUUUUGUGCGAAUUAUCCGACAUGGCAUCUGCCAACCGCAUUGAGCUUUCCAAUAUCCAGGAAGGCAUACCCAUCAGCCCUGUGUCCAGCACACACAACAACAAUGCAGAUAGCACUCAGUUUGCCAACAGUGGUGAUGAAAUUGACGAUGUUGAAUUGGAACUUGUAAAGGCAGUGUCCAGCAAUCAAGGCUCACUGGUACGAGAGAUUUUGACCCGCAUUAUGCAAAACCCAUCACCUGAAGAUCAUGGUCGACUCACGCGUGUAUUCUGGCAUGCUUGUUCAGAAGCACCCAAGGAGAUCACAGACAUGUUGAUUGAAACACAGCUUGUCAAUUUUGAAUAUGUAGAUGAUAUCAUUGAGCGAUCAUGUCUGCAUGUAGCUGCCAUGAAUGGCAAAUUAGAUUUACUAGAGAUUUGCACCAAGCAUGGGGCUAAUGUCGAAGCAACAGAUGCGUAUGGAAGAACUGCACUCCACUACGCCACGAUGAAUGGCUUUACCGACUGCGUCUCCUUCUUGCUCACUCGCCAAACUGAUAUCGAAUGUCGUGACCAUGAUGGUUUUAGUCCCUUGAUCUAUGCUAUCAUGAAUGGCCAUACACCUUGCGUAGAAAUAUUGAUUCAAGCAAAGGCCAAUAUCGAGCCUCGCCAUGAAGGUGAUCACAUUCCAUUGUCGCUGGCCUGUCAUUUUGGACACACAGAUAUUGCUCUCAUGUUGUAUAACCAAGGCGCCAAGAACUUACCUAAUGCUGAAUCGCUGUAUCCACUUCAUCUCGCUGCGCGUCAAGGCCAUGCUGAGUUGUGUCGUGUGCUCUCACAGAACAAGCAAGAUCUCGAUAAGCCUGACAAAUACAAUACAUGGACGCCCCUCUUUUGGGCUGCCAAUGAUGGACAUGUCGACUGUGUUCGCAUUUUGAUCAAUGCUGGCUGUAAGGUAAAUGCAAAGGAUGAGAAUGGGAAAACUGCUCUCUACUAUGCUGCGUGGGAGGGCCACAUGGACUGUGUUCAGCUGUUGUUGGACGCUGGCUGCGAGGUUGAGCCUGUUACUGAAAUCAUAAGCGCUUCUGCUCCUCAAAGCCCACCUACUGCCAAAACUACUGAAGAAGACGACAUGGAGCUGGACGUGAUACCCUCCUUGUCUCUGCCUCCGCCCAUCAUCCCCUUCCGCAUUUAUGGCCACAACUAUUUGGACCGCAAAUACCAAAUUCAAAUCAGUCUUCGUCAGCCACCUAUUCGCCUCUACGACAAUGCUCAGAUCUCUUCAUUGCGCUUGAUCAUCUCCUCCAAGCCAGAUACAGGCAUGAUUCCCCACAGCGUUAUUCUCCCGCUGGUCGAUGAUAGGGACGUCUUCAACUUUCAAGUGGACAAACUGGAUGAUUUUCUGUUGGAGUUUGAUAUAUUGGCUACAUUUGGCUCCAAGGUAUUGGGACGCGGCGUUGCUCUACCUCAGUCGUUCUCUUUGGUUGAUUUCAAGAUUGCAGAGGGUCAUCGCACCAUUCCUUUGCUCGAUGGCCAUCUCAAGGUGAUUGGUGAGCUUUCUUAUGAUUAUUCUGUGAUCAACCCAUUUCGUGGUGUCCAACUGGAAAUUGGUGGUCGUAUCGAAACCUACUGGAAAUCUACAAAUACCGUGCUGCCUGCUCCUGUGACAAAUGGCAUUGAGGUCAGCUCCACUGAAGCAACUGUAGAAUCUUCAUCGGCAGCCACCACCACCACCACUGCUACUACUACCCUAACCACCACUACCGUUUCUACCGCCACCACUACGCCUACAAUCAAUACUAACAUUCAACCCGCCAAUGCCAAUGCCAAUGCUGCUACAACAACAACCAGCUCUCUUUCGUCAACUGUACCUUCCUUUAUCACUGCUUCCUCCUUGUCAGGCGAUUAUGUCCAGGUAGUCAUCCAGCUUACCAAGGAUCUUGUGCCUGUCGUGUUCUCCAACUGGCUUGUGCCAUUCCAAGGCUUGGACUUGGCCGUUUCCGACUUGACAUUGAAGCAGUUUCUUCGUAUUGGCGAAAGCAUACUCAAGGACAACCAGCCUUAUUCACCCAACAAUACAGACGACAUAUGCCCCAUCACAGGAAACAGUUUUAUCAUUCAAAAACUCAACAAUUACAAAUCAUUCCUCUCCCUCGAACAGGUGCUGGAGAAACUCCCAUUGACUAUGGGACUCCACCUUGAACUGAAAUACCCUUCUCCUUGCGAUCAAAACUUAUACUCAUUCACUAAUAUAGCUGGACGAAACACAUUUGUAGAUACUAUCCUUCAAUGCAUCUAUGAUCAUGUUCGUUCUCUCUCGCCUGACACAGCCAGUCGAAGCUUAUUCUUCUCAUCCUAUAAUCCAGCCAUCUGCAUGGUGGUUAAUUGGAAACAACCUAAUUAUGCCGUAUUCUUUGGUACAUAUUGCGGGCUCAAUAUGCAUCGAGGUUUCAAGCGUCGUUCAACUGAUGAUGAUGAUGCUAGUGAAGACAAUGCAAGUCAAUCCACAACUGUAUAUAAAAAUGACGAUGUGCGAUGUUCUUCAUUAAAAGAAGCUGUCAAAUUCGCCAAGCAAAACAAUUUGUUGGGCGUGAUUUGCGGUGCACAGACGAUUGUACAGGUACCUUCACUUAUCAAGACUGCCAAGGAAAGUGGGUUGAUUUUAGUCACUGCUGGCAAGGUCAAUUCAGAUAUAAGAUACCGUCAUAUUCAGGAACGCUAUGGUGUGGAUGCCAUGAUGAUCAAUCAAGUGGUUCAUUUCAACAUGUCCAUGGCUGGUGCUGGAUUCUAA